AGUGGAUUGAACGUUUUUAGGUCAAUAUUUAUUUUUUGUGAUUAUGCCCAUAAUUUAUCAAUAUGACAAUUAAUCGCGCUAUAACAGUGAAUUCUGGAAAACCUGAGUGAAUGUGAAUGUGUUUAUUUGUAUCUACGCUGAGAUAUGCUGACAUUUAAUACAAAUUUUAAUGGAAAACAGACAUAAUUACAGAACAUGAAAAUAGUAUUAACGGCCUACGAAACUAAACAAACACGCUACAGUACACCAUGAUUUGAAGAAUCUAAAAUGGGAAGUUAUUGAUAGAAAUGGAGAAAUCGAUGCAGGCACGACUAUUAAAUAAAUGUUCCUGUCUGGUAUGUCUACUGCCACCAUGGGGUUUCACAGACCGAGAAGAAGAACAACUAUACACAGCAUACACCAAGCGUCAGCGUCAACGAGCUAUCCCCCGUUUGCUUAUCACUGGUGUAUUGCUGCAAGUAUUUGCGAUUGUGGUACCAGGAGAACGAGACCUCUUUUUCGCCUACAGUUCUGUGGUGAUAUCGCUAUUUGCUAACUUAACAAUGGCUACAGUUUAUUCCUGUUUUCGCUCCACGCGUCCAAUAUUAAACCAUGUCUCGUGGCUUGUUUUAUGGAUACAACUCCUCAUUAGUGUUUCCCGCCGUCUCGGUGAUUCAUACAACGAGUUACUGGGUUGGGCCAUCGUUCUACAAUACUUCACAUUAGCAACCCUACCAUUCCAUUACAUUGUGUUGAUGUUCUACAGUGCCAUUUCUUUUUGUGCUUAUCUCUUGGUACAAUAUUAUAAUGCUUCCACUUCAGAAAGUAGACUGGCUGAAGAUUUUUGUUAUCAGCAAAUAGCAAAUGGUGCACUUCUACUAGGAGCUACGCUAUUAGGCGGGACUGCAUAUGCAGUAGGAGAGCGACAACAACGUCGCUCUUUCCAAGAAACCAAACGAAGUUUACGUGAUAAGCUUACCAUCGAACAGCAAAGCAAAGAACAGGAGCGUUUGCUUCUCUCAGUACUUCCUGAACACGUUGCAAUACAAAUGAGACAAGAUCUAGGUCUAAUCGAUACACAAUUUAAAAAAAUUUAUAUGUCAAGACACGAAAAUGUUAGCAUCCUGUAUGCGGACAUCGUAGGCUUCACGGCUAUUUCUUCUACUUAUUCAGCACAAGAUCUUGUUGCAAUCCUUAACGAGUUGUUUGCACGAUUUGACCGACUUGCCGAGAAAUAUCAACAACUGCGUAUUAAAAUCCUGGGCGAUUGUUAUUAUUGCAUCAGUGGUGCACCUGUAGAGCGUCCUGAUCAUGCAGUCCUAUGUGUUCAUAUGGGUCUAUCAAUGGUGAAAGCAAUCAAGUAUGUGCAGCAGACCACCAACUCACCGGUAGACAUGCGAGUCGGUAUACAUACAGGGGCAGUUCUGGCAGGCGUGUUGGGACAAAGACAAUGGCAGUUUGACGUAUACUCGCGGGAUGUAGAACUUGCCAAUAAAAUGGAGAGCAGCGGGAUGGCAGGCCGUGUUCACAUAUCAGAAGCAACGCUCGGUUUCCUCAACGAUGACUUCGAAGUCGAGCCAGCACAUGGCGAACGUCGUGAAGAGAUGCUAAGGCAGUCUGGCAUCAAAACAUACUUUAUCGUCCGCGUAUUAAAACCUUACCAGGGAGGCGAAGAUAAAACUGCUCCUGAGGGUGAGGCGAUAGAGGGAGGCGAUACGAACGACGCACUCUCUGACCUCAAAGACGACGACGAGGACUCGGUCCUGUCACCGCAAGAGGAGAACAAGGAUAAUGAAGAACAGAAAAUACUCAACAUGUUACAAGAAGAACUCGUGAAUAGAGAUGAUAAUAAGGAAUUGGCGGACGCAACUACUCUCUGCCUGACGUUCAAGGCAGCAGGUGCGGAGGCGACAUAUGCCAGACGAAGUGACCCCUGCCCUUUGUCGGUGGCAGCACCGCCACUAAUGCUACUGCCAGCAGUGGUUGCGCUUGCCAGCUUCGCCGUACCGCCCUCCUUAUCUUUGCAUGCGGUCUACCUCGCCCUCAUACUCGAGACCGGCCUAAUUAAUAUUAUAUAUUACGCAUGCUUCAGAUAUGCACAGUAUAAGAAAAAGUCUCUCAGUCCUUACUGGAAAUUAACAUGUGGAACAUUUAAUAUAGUAAUGUUUGUAGCAGCCAACAUAGCUCCUUUGAUUAUCUGUGGUAAUUUUGAGGCGAUGUUAAUGGAGGAUGGUCUAAGAGAAGAUGCACCUGCGCACAGCGGUGCGCGUCGUUGCAUACAUCCUUCAUAUUAUUAUCACGUUGGCGCAGGUGCGUUAUGUGGUGCACUUUGGGUGUCUCCGCUGGGUGGAUGCGCUCGCGCAGCACUGUUGGCCGCGCUGGCGACCGCCCAUGCGCUGCCGUCCGUGCUGCAGCCCGCGCUACUUACGUCGCGUCCUAGCCUCGACCGAGAUCCUUACCGCGCGCCCUACAACCACACCAUUGACUUCGAUGAACAACUCUUUGAAAUACUAGGGAAGAUACACCCUGGACGCAAUAUUAUAAUGCUGUUCUUCGUAACGAUAGCUCUCCUGGUGUUCAAUAGAUAUAGCGAGUCUUUGGAGCGCGCGCGGCACUCGCGCGGCGAACGCAUGCGUGCGCAGGCGGAGCAGGCGGGCGACUUGCGCCGCCGCAACCAGGCGCUCGUGCACAACGUGCUGCCGCCGCACGUCGCGCGACACUUCAUGGGCGCGCGCCACCACCACCGCGACCUCUACAGCCAGAGUUACGCCGAAGUCGGCGUGCUAUUCGCCUCCAUGCCUAAUUUCUCAGAGUUUUAUUCAGAAGAAACUGUUAAUAACCAGGGCCUGGAAUGUUUGCGAUUUCUCAACGAGGUUAUAUCAGACUUCGAUUUGCUGCUCGAGGAUGCAAAAUUCAGUAAAGAUAUUAUAAAAAUCAAGACAAUUAGUUCAACAUACAUGGCCGCCUCAGGUUUAAAUCCGACCAGAGAGAUGCAGCCUUCAGAUGGCGUGUUGGUUCGCUGGGCACACCUCGCGUGUCUGGUGGAAUUCGCGCUAGAACUUCAAAGAGUGCUGGCCGCGAUAAACGAACAGUCCUUCAAUCACUUUGUAUUGCGGAUGGGAAUCAACCACGGACCGAUCACAGCGGGUGUAAUCGGUGCCCGCAAACCGCAUUACGACAUCUGGGGCAACACCGUCAAUGUCGCCUCCCGUAUGGAAAGUACAGGGAAAGCUGGCUGUGUUCAGGUCACAGAGGAGACGUGUCAUAUUUUAGAGAGUUUUGGGUACUAUUUCGAGCAGCGAGGACUAGUAGCAGUCAAGGGCAAAGGCCAGCUAAUGACUUACUACCUACAGGGCAAACGGGAUGCAUCCAGCACACAAAUGGAAAAAUCUGCUAUGGAGGAGUCUGUGAGUGAAGGUGAAGCUUUAUUGGCAAAUGGAGAUGCAACUGCGGCUGUACAAAGCUCCUCACCACAACGCACCGACCAUGACGCCGGCCGCCCUUUGCUUACCGCCUAAGUUCUUACGAGUACCGUAAUAAUUUCUUAGACUGUAGAUUAUACGUAAACAAGAUAUUAAACAUUAUGUAUAUCAGCGGCUUAAUGUAAAAACAUUUUUUUUCCAUUUACAGUCAUUGAUGAUGAUAGAGACGUGGUCUAUUAAAAUUACUAGACUAAAUAGCCUCUUUUAAUAUCUGUACGAUUUCAAGAGAAUAAUGUUGUAAUGUUUAUAACCCAACCUAUUAU